CGUUUUCAAACAGGAACCCGAGAUUCUGACAGUCAACGUUGAACGUAGUUUAUGUUUGUCUUAUUUUAUUGUGAGUUUCUAGAGAAACACAUUUAUAACUGAAAGACCAGUUACUUAAACUGUAGCAAUAUGUCACAAGAUUUAUGGUUACAGAAUUAUGAUGCAGCUUGUCGACUGGCACAAGAAAUUGCAGAAAACAUCCAUGAAAGAAACCGACAGCAAAGGACCGGAGGAAACCCAGCUAAGCUCAACAUGACCCUGAGAGCAUCAUUACAGAAGCUCAAACAGAAUAUAGCACAGCUCAAAGAGACUCUGAUUCGAGCUGCUGCUCAACGGCGUAUAAUGCAAGCUGAAGCAGACAGAAGACAAAACCUUGUUGAUGAUCUCGCUACCAGAGAAAAGAUGCUGAUUGCCUCUUUCAAAGGAGAUGUCACAGAAGGCGAACAGUCAAGGUCAACCCUGAUGACAGGUGGAAAUCGGGCGGCGCCAGUUGUGAACCCUUGGCUGGUUAAUGAAUCUGAGGAGACCAGAGGACUUGGCUUUGAAGAAAUCAGACAACAACAGCAGCAGAUAAUCGAAGCUCAAGAUGCUGGCCUGGAUACUCUUGCUGCAGUCAUAAGCAGACAAAAACAGAUGGGCCAGGAUAUUGGCAAUGAGCUAGAUGAACAUAACGAGAUCAUUGAUGACCUCACACAUCUUGUGGACAAGACGGACAGCCGCAUUCGAAAUGAGACGCACAGAGUCAAGCUGGUGGAUGCCAAAUCCACUUCUUGCGGGAUGCUGGUGGUGAUUGUGCUUUUGCUGAUUGCCAUCAUUGUUGUGGCAGUUUGGCCAAUGAGCUAAUGAAGAGGAUGCUUCAGAAGAGAAAACAUCACAAAUACGUACUGCAAAGACUUAACAUUUUUGGGGGUUAAUGGAGGAGACCGUUUCCAAGCUGAAUGUAUAUGUCAAAUCUACCUCCAAACCCCUCACUUUUCCUCUUUCGCAUUUAUGAAAGUAAUGGAAGCCAUGACUGUAAUAAAGCCAAGGAAUGGACCACUAUGAAGAACUUGGGCCAUAAAUUCUUAGCUCCUCAGAUAAUGAUCAAAGUAGGUUUUGAAAUGGAAAGAAAAAUACAAAAAGCCUUUCAAAGGGUUUGAAUAGAAUAUAAGCAUAAGGUUGAGAUGCUCCAAGGGGGGGAAACAUAUUUAAAUUUGUUUGGCAGUGAAGGAAAUGAUCCAUGUCCAUAAUGUAAACAAGGUCCUGGAGUCACAAAGCAAUACAGUGUCCUGAGCUCUGUUUCUUGGGUUUUAUAUGAGCUCUGUUAUUGUGACCUCAUUAAUACAUUCAAUAAUAACUUCUCUUUCAUGUUGAACUACAAAAAAAAAGUCUAGAUUUUACCGCUAACUCUUAAAUGUGAAUUGUCAUGACUAUGUGAAGUAUAAUAAAUGCACAGUUAACACAACCUGAAUUCAACUGUUUUGCUU